CGUGAGUUCGUCGCCUUUCGUGUUACGAUUUCUUGUUACUUUAUUUUCGUAAAUAAUAAACACGUUCCGAAUUAACAGUUUUUGAAAAUUUAUAGAACAUUGAAUGUUGGAUACAACUUUUUACUAUGGAACUCUGGAUCCUAAUAUUAUGCGUGAUACCAACAAUUGUAACAACAAUAACAAUCUCGCCAAAUGGAAAUAGUCCAGAAACGAAAAUGAUUGGUGGAAUGAUAGCCGAUACACACAAAAGGAACACGGAAACUAUUAUUAGGAAUGAAGCACCUCAAAAAAAUAAUAUUAAGCCGAAUAUUUUUUUAAAAGCCAAUUCUUCAAAAUUAGCAAUAAAUGAGAGAUAUAGGAGGCUUAUUCCUUAUAUGACGUUUUAUUAUGCUAACGAUUUAGUAACGCCUACUACAGAAACAUAUAAUAAAAAUAAUGUUGAAGUUGAGCAAGCGAAAAUCGUUGAAGCUGGAACCAUCACACCGAAUGAACGUCAACCAAAAAUAAUUUACACGAAACAAAGACACAACAGUAACAUUCCUAGAUAUCAAGGGAAUCGUCUAACUCAAUUUAAUAUAGCAUCAUCGAAUCCAACUAAAUUAUUUUAUAAAGACUCUUUAGGACCUUUUCAUUAUCAAAAUCCACCUAAGAUGAGUCAUGCUCAUAAUCCUCAUUUGUUGGAACAUAAUGUUUAUGAUAAUAGAGACAUUACAUAUGAUCGAUUUAUUCCGAAACAAAUUAAGGCACCAAGUACUCCUUUCAAGGCUCCAACGAGAAAUCCAUACUUAAGCUUAUAUCAGAAUGAUGAUUACCUUCCAAAUGUACAAUAUUUCUCAUCUGAUGAAGGGGGAUCUCCCACAUAUAAGUUAAUUCCUUAUGAACAAACUCCUCCUGUUAAAACUCCUAAUAUUGUUUCAACGAAACAACAAUACAGCUUUCCGGCAUUAACCCAAAAAGAAUCAAUUUAUAUAAAACCAAGACCAUCUCUUCAUCCGCAGCCUUUUUACACUAGUCAACAAGUACAUGCAAGAAAACCACCUACGACUAUAUCUGAAAUAUAUUAUGAAAGAAGACCACAGGUGACUAAGUUGGUUGAACCAGUUAUAGAAAGUGGGUUUAGACCUAUAGUGAAUUCGGUGUCGACAACCGAAACUCCUAUAUAUACAUCAACUCAACAAGACUCAUCAGCGUUUCAUCAUUUAAAAAAUGAGAAACAACAAGAAUUUCAUGGCGAUGAAACUAUACAAAUUGCUCCUGAAGAUAGUACGACCCAACCACAAUAUGUAAUUGAACAAUCUCAAUAUAAACAGACACAAAACUCCGUAACUCUAGCAGAACUUUUAAAUUCAUUACAAAUAAACAAAUCAAUCCCAAAACCAAUUACAAGAGAAAACAUCAGUGCUUCAAUAAGAACAUUGUUACAAGUGCUGAAUACUUUAAAAGCUAAUAACAAACCAAACGAAAUGGAACCAGUCGUAGUCAGUUCACCAAAACCUUUUGAGAAUUCUGAAAAAUCCGUAAAAAUAAAGCCUAGUAUUAUUUCAUCUACGACGUCAGCACCACAAGACUUAUAUGAAGAACCCUAUCUUGCUCCUAUAGACGUUCCUUCACAACAUUUAGAUGAUUACCCGACUGGUGGGGCAAGUACACAACGAUUCCCACUACCUGUGACGUCUGACGAAGAAGGUGGCACUCCGGGUCGACCUGGUAUUGAUUACCCAAUUUUAACACUGAUUCCACCAACUAAAUUUGAUUGCAAAACGCAGAGAUAUAAAGGUUUCUUUGCCGAUACUGAAACAAGAUGUCAAGUAUGGCAUUAUUGUGAUUUAAACGGCGGUCAAGCUUCAUUCCUAUGUCCAAACGGCACAAUAUUCUCACAAGCAGCUUUAACUUGUGACUGGUGGUUUAAUGUCAAAUGUGCUUCCACUACACAGCUGUAUGUUCUCAAUGAAAGCCUAUACAAGUACAUUUUGCCUCAUUCACCUAAAUUUCCAGAAGACUACAGUGGUCCAUUAGUUGACAAAUAUCUUACAUUAAAAUUCAAAGAAAUGGAAGAGCAGUUCAAAAAGAAUAAGAACAAAAAAAUAGCAUCAGAUAAAAAUGAUAACGAGGAUCAGCCCACUUCGAAUGAAUCAACAGAAAAUAGCUCUGCUGAAGAAAAUGUCGGAAUUGAUAAAACUUUGGUAAGCCAAGCUGACGUCAUUGUAGAAUCAUCUGGUAAUAGUGGCAAUGUUCAAAGAUUACAAGAUGACUAAAACUUAUUGAGGCUAAGAUAUAUUACUAAAAAUGUUUACUAUUAUUGAUAAAAUGUAUGUAAAACUGCGUCUCUACAAAUGUAAAAUUGGCAACUUUUGUGUCAUCAAAAGCAACACGCAAAAGUUGGUGAUAAGUUUCUUUUACAAUAAGUUUAAGUUGGUAACGUGUAUAAUUAGUAGUGAUUUUCGGAAGAAUUACAAACACAGAAAUUGCCAAUUACUCCAGUCUUGGAUUAUUACUUUACUUCACAUUGAUUUUUACUUUAUAGUUUAAGAAAAGUCCCUGUGAUACAGUUUUUAAUAUACUGUUCUUAGACGAUAAGUAUUUAUAAAGUUGAUGUUAUUCACUAAUUACUACAUAUUUUAUGGUUGUGAACUUCAACGCAUAGACGCAAGACGUAGGUGAUGCUUAAAUAGGUAUAUUAUUUUAGUUAAGGAAUUAAAAUUACCAUAAAUCGCCAUGUUUAAUUCAUAGUAAACACGAAAUAUUGUCUGUAAUAUCGCAUUAGUAUUAUAUCUAUUUUUUUAAUACUUACCAUACUGGUUAUGAACAAUUUGAGAAUUCAGAGUGUAUUGAGUAUCUAGUUGUGUAUUGAGUAACAAGUGUUAGUUUUAUAAACACAAUUCAUGAUAAUUAUAUUUAUUAUAUAUUCAUGUAAACAAGCUUCUAGUUUCCUAGUUUUAGUUUGAAGAUCAAUAAAAUAAGCGAUUUUUCGCGUUACACAACAUGUUUCUUUGUAAUAAGACAUAUUGUUUUAGAACAAAAGUGAUUGAGUAGUGUGUCUCUUAUUAUAAGGUUAAGCUUUUUGUAUUAAUUCGUGUCCCCACUUAAUAGAAUACGGGCAACAAUGAGUUCAUGUAUAAUAAUUAAAUUUUACUUUUACUUACCAUAAUUUUGUGAUAAUACUCACCAAUGUGCAAUUUUUGAAGAGUAAUCCUAAUUAAACAUUAGUGAUUUUGUAUCGUGUGCCUAUUUUUAGAAUAAAUUAUUUAAUUUUUAACCAUACUUUUAUUAUUUCAUAAGAACCAUGAAUAAGAAUAAAAGUC